UCCAACAUGUCGCGGUUUAUGUACUUUGCUUUCUUCAUUACUCUACGAGUGGCCAAUGGAAAGACCAUUUUCUCCGCGACGCCGACAUCUUCCGAUCCGAACAACGACCUGGCUGUGAUCCGAUUCUGUAACACAACCUCACCAAUAAGUCUUGAGUCUAUGAACUUAGUACUGAUUAACAGAAAUCUGGCCGCUGUGGACAACGCCGACAGCUUCAAAUGUUUCCUGUAUUGUCUCUACAACAAGUACAACUGGAUGGACGAGGACGGAGGAUUUCUUCUGCGCAACAUGAAGAGCUCCCUGGAAGUGACGAGGCUUGAUGACCUCACCGCUGACUGGAUCAUUUUAAAGUGUUCCUCUGUUGAUUCUUCGAACAGGUGUGAGAGAGCCUUCAGAUUUACUGAGUGUUUCUGGGAUGAAACUACAGAGUUUGCAGAAGAAGACAGUUCCUCCUUUUACAGAAUACACUGACUGGUGUAUCGUCCUUUGUAUAGAGAUAUAACACAAUUGUGAGAUGACAUAAUUAUUAUUACAAAUAAGAUGAAACUUGUUUGUUGAUGUAAAGU